AUGAAUCUAAACAAGGUGUUCGAAACUAUGUCAAUGGAGGAAGAAGAGGUGCCGUUUAACCUACCGGAUUUACCGCAGUACAGUGCUGUGGAGAGAAAUAAGAUGAGUAUCAUUGGGAGAACUCUGAACCCAGAGUGUCAAAGGAUGAAGGACUUGAUCUUAGACAUGCCAAGGAAGUGGCAAGUCUAUGACAGAGUGAGAGGAGUGGCUCUGUCGCCUACCAUGUUUCAGUUUAUCUUUAAAUAUGAACAUGAUCUGGAGGAAGUGUUGCGUAAACGAGUAUGGACUUUUAAUGAGUGGAGUAUCGUCAUUGACCGAUGGAUGGAGAAGCCGCCAGACGACUACCUGAAGUAUCUGUUGGUUUGGGUACAGUUACGCAAUAUACCGGUUAAUCACUAUACGGAGGAGGCCAUCACUGCUUUUGGCGGUUUUGCGGGUGAAGUGGAUGUGGUAGCUUUCGAUCCAAGCAAAGCUCAAAGCCAGGACUAUGUGAGAGUUCGGGUUUUCUUUGAUGUGUCAAGGCCGGUAAGGAAGACAAAAGUUAUCAAUCUACCGGGUGGUGGUUCUGUCACUCUACGAUAUGAUUUCGAGAGGAUCCAAAAACGUUGCUAUCAUUGUCAGCGUCUGACUCAUGACAAAGAUAAGUGCCCCCUGCUAAUUCAAGAGAGGAAGGAUCAAGCAGCUGAACGAAGGAAAAAGAUGAUGAUUGAGAAACAGAAGAGAGAGCUGAUGAUCCAACCAGAUGACCCCUUGUUUGGAGUAUUGAGAGAUGAACAAGUGGGUCUAGAUGAAGCGACGGGAAGGAGGAAAAUUAACCCAGAGGUACUCCAAAACAUGCGGGAGUACCUGUUGGCUGCAGAAGGAGGAGAAAAGCGAGUAAGGGAAGAAAGGGUUAAGACCUCUGUUCUUGAUUUGGAAAAUGAUCCGGUGGGGCAGAGGAACUUUUUGAGGUUGGAACCGGCUCCUUUGGUUAUAAGCGAAGUGGAUAAAGACAAAGGAAGGACCUUUGACUACGGGCCUAAAGCUGUGGAAAGUGAUGAUGAGCGAACAAAGCAGGAGAAGCGUUCUCAGCUGGUGAUAAGGGAACCACAAAUGACUGUCUCAGUGCCGUGCCGAGCAAGAAAUAAAGGAUACGAGGAAGCCACUGAUUUUUUUGAAUGUUCAACGGGUUUUAGCUCUGGUUAUGCAGAUGCUAACUCUUCCGGGACUUCAAAAAUGAAAGUGGGUAGGAGAUAUAGAUCUCCAAAACGCCUGAGAAGAUUUAAAGCAAAAAUCUCGAACCUUGAAGAAGGAGAAGAUGGUGAGAAGAGUGUGGGAGAAGCUGAAGAGAAAGGUUCUGCGAAGAGGAGAGCGGAGGUAGUAGCGGGAAGUUUCAAAAAGAUAGCAAGAAGGUCAAACUCAAAGGUGGUCCCAAAUGGGGGACUGCCCAACCAGUAA